CCCGUGGAAGAAGCAUCACCGCCGCGGUGUGUGCUAUUUAUUUAUUUAUUGUUGUUUCUUUUUAAGUUUAAAUUAGCUAAACAUGCUCGGCCUGUGCCUUUACGUCCCCGUGUCCAACGCAGACCCGGUUGAAGUGGAAUACUUUGAGUCUAACGGACUUCCGUCUGAGUUGAAGUCUCUCUUUAACAAACUCAGCGUGUUCCUGCCGUCUCAAGAGUUCUCAGCCUACCAAAGAUGGCGAAAGAAAACCCUAAAAGGAGAAGAAAACAACUCUGACGCACAGCUGGCCUUUGAAGAGUUUGUUCACUAUCUGCAAGACUACGAGAAGGACCUGAAGCUUGUGGUGAAAAGCCUCAACAGGAGGAAUGCAGGCCACGUUGAUCCUAAAGAGUUCAUGCAGUCUCUUCAGGACCUCGGCGUGCAUAUUUCCCCGCAGCAUGCGGAGAAAGCCCUUCAGAGCAUGGAUAAGAAUGGAAUGAUAACGAUCAGCAGUAGCAACUGGAGCAACUGCCCCAUGGAGGAGAAGACCGAGAACAUUCCUGAGAUCAUCCUCUACUGGAAGCACUCCACGAUAUUCGAUGUGGGUGACAACCUGAUGGUGCCUGAUGACUUCACAGUAGAGGAGAAGCAGACCGGGAUGUGGUGGAGGCACCUGGUCGCGGGUGGAGGAGCCGGAGUCGUUUCCAGGUCCUGCACCGCUCCACUGGACCGUCUCAAAGUCAUGAUGCAGGUGUACGGAACCAGAACCAACAACAUGUGCAUCAUGACGGGGAUGAUGCAGAUGAUCAAAGAAGGCGGUAUGAGGUCGUUGUGGCGAGGAAACGGAGUGAAUGUCAUCAAAAUCGCCCCCGAGACGGCCCUCAAGUUCAUGGCCUACGAGCAGAUUAAGCAAUUAAUCGGCAGUGAAAGGGGGACUCUGGGCGUCAUGGAGAGAUUUGUAGCUGGAUCGCUGGCUGGAGUGAUCGCCCAGAGCACCAUCUACCCCAUGGAGGUCCUGAAAACCCGCCUCGCUCUGAGGACAACCGGUCAGUUCUCCGGUAUCUCAGACUGUGCCAAGCAGAUAUUCAGGAGAGAAGGACUUCGAGCGUUUUAUAAAGGCUACGUCCCCAACAUGUUGGGCAUCAUCCCCUACGCAGGCAUCGACCUGGCGGUGUACGAGACGCUGAAGAACAACUACCUGCAGCAAUACGGCAUCAACGGCACCGACCCGGGCGUGGUGGUCCUGCUGGCCUGCGGCACCGUGUCCAGCACCUGUGGUCAGCUCGCCAGUUACCCUCUGGCUCUGGUCCGCACCCGCAUGCAAGCACAAGCUGCGAUCGAGGGCAGCCAGCAGGUGACGAUGUCGGGUCUCUUCAGGCAGAUCCUGCAGACCGAGGGCCCGACGGGGCUCUACAGGGGCCUGGGCCCCAACUUCCUCAAAGUCAUCCCGGCCGUCAGCAUCAGCUACGUGGUGUACGAGCGCCUGAAGACACAUCUGGGAGUCAAAUCACGCUGAAACUCAACCCGACUGUCAUUGUCUUCAAUUCCCAACCCCCCGCUCUCCCAGGGCUCAUGCUAGGGAAUCCCAGGGACUGUUAGGGGGCCCCCCUCUGGGGGGGUGUCCGUGGAGCGAUCUCAUUCUGUGAAUGUCAGCUGACGAAACACGAGAAAGGACACUGAAAGGUGGAGGAUAUGAACUCUGUGAGCUCAGGUUGUUGGGAGUGUGACUGCUGCUAUUUAAGUUGUGUUUUUUUUAGUUGUCGAGACGAAACAACAAACAUGAGGGAAGUGAGAGAUGUAUGUAAAUCGAGGACCAAGUGUUUUUGCUCUUCUCGUCGUUUUGGUGCCUGAGCAAACGUUCCGUUUUGUUUUUGUGUCACGUUGGUUCAACAUUCAAGUGAGUUUUUCUUUUAAGAUGCAUCAGCAGCAAUCGUGUUGCACAACUCCACGAAAAACAACUCGUUCAUACUUUUCGUUACACGGCAGAUAAAGCAUUAAUACUGAAGACAGUUCUGCCUAUAAGAAGAGAUGAUUGUGUUCCUAAUACGAGAGGACUUUUGCACACGUGAGUUUGAUUUCUCUUCGACUUGAACGAACGAACGAACGAAUGGAUGACGGGAUGAUUGUCUGAGUAUUUAUUUCCACCCGUCCUGUAUUUAUUAUUCUGACUAUCGGACAGAGAGGAGGUUCAACGCUGAAUGUUUCCCGUCUGAAGAGCCAAAUGUGUGAUUUGAUUUAAAGAAAUGCAGUUCUUGUUGUAUUCAUGUUGGGGGGAGGAGAACACCAGGUAACAGCCUUAUUAACACGUGGCUAUGAAACACUAAAAGAAGUUCUCUGAGAUGUUAAACUAGUUUGGAGUUUGUGCUUGAGUCCCGAUGGCUCUGUUGGAGACACUGGAAAAUAUAUUUCAAGUUUCAGAUUAUAUCUGUUGUGUGUAGAUGGUUUUUUUUUUUUUUUUUUUUUUUUUUUUUUUUUUGCUGCCCUAUUUUUCUUUUCUUUUUACGGUAUAAAUGUCUUAAUGCUCACCUCAGGUUUAAGGGCUAAUGUUUGUUCAACUCACAGAAGAUUACACACAGUUUUCCUUUCACAACAUUUAUACUUUAUAAAGAUGGGCGACUUUAAAUGCACUUUAAUUAAUGCUGAAGGGUUCUACGUGAAUGUCAGAUCGAUUCAUGUCUUUUGUAAAGAAUGUGUUUUAGUCUUGUUUUAAUGGACCAUUUUGAUGCAAAAUAAAUGCAACUUCUUGUAA